CAUCGCCCAUGCUCGUGCCGUGGCUAGUGGUCAUUCUGGCUGCUGUCUUGGAGGCGAACGCGCAGCCAACAUUGCCAUCCAACUUUGAGACGCGACGCCUCAACAAGUGCCUCGACGCCGCGUGGGUCGCAGCAACGGCAAAGCGGCUCAACCUCGACCCGAAUGCCAUCGAUAGUCAACGCCGCCGAGCGAAUCCUUUGUUGCGCCAAGGCCUUCAAGAGCCCCGCUUCACGCUCAACGACCCACGCCAGUACUCGUCAAAUGCGUUCAAGCCGGAGUGCUUCAAGGCAGAUCAAUCCUUUCACGGAGUGGGCGAGCGCGUCUAUCCCAAUGGCUCGGUUGCGACGACGGGGACCUGGAACGGGUCGUUAGUGCUCGAGUACAACAAUUGGCAGUCCCAGACGCUAACGACGUCGAUCAUCGCUAUCUUGGCCUCGGAAGUGGUCGGAUACCCCGUGUCCUUUUUGAAAACGAGUGGCGGUCUCGGCGUCACAGAGCGCAUGUCGUCGGUCGGCGCGGGCGUGUGCACCCCGUCCCACGUCAGCCCUGAAGUGUGGACGAGCUCUAAGAUGACGCUUCUGAACGUGUACGCCAACGAAACGAGCUCGUCGGCCAUCGGCUACAACGGCCAAUCGGGGCUCUACACGCUCCAGACCAACGUCGACGAAGCGCUCAAAGGACCAGCGUCCACGAUCGGCAAUUUCAGUCGCAGUCACUCGGCCGACUGGUGGCGCGACUACGUUUUGGACUCGGAUUUGAUCAACUUUUACUCGAUCGCCAACUUCAACAUGAGUCAAGUGGGGCAAAAAAGCGCGUGCGCGGACGGGUUGUACGGCUGCCUCAACGGUUGCUCCCAGACCGCUGCUUGCACCGCCGCCCUCGCGCAGGGCAAAACGUGCAUGCUCGUAGCGAGUCAGUAUGGUACGGACGACCAAGGCUAUCUCCAGUCCGCUGUGGGCAACAACAACAUCCCCGCGCGCUUUUGCUUUGCUGGCUACGCGCCGACGGGCAACCUCGUGACGAGUACCAUGGCCAGCGGCGGCGCGAUUGUCUUUUACCAUUACGAGCCCGACAUGUUUCAUUUUACCAACCCAGGCAAGUUUGUGCGCAUUUCGCUACCACGGCCAACGCCCGAGAUGGUCGUACUCGCGACAGGCCAAUUCGGAUCGAACGGGUUUGGGCAGCCGUCGCCGGACCCGGUCAGCGUCGACUACCCCGAGCAAGUUCUCAUGAAGUACUACUCCAACUACCUCUUGGAUGCAACAAUGUUGAACAACUUUCUGCGCAAGUUCCAGAUCACCAAGCUCGACAUCAACAACUUGCUCUUGGCAUAUGCGAAUGCCAACGCUUCCGUUGCCGAUAUCGAGUAUGCUGUUGCGUGCGACUGGGUCCAAAAGAACUAUGAAAAAUGGUAUCUCUGGGUCGACCGCCUCCCGCUGUGCACGAUGAGCACCAAUAUGCGCUACAGCGUCGCCAACUGCAACAGCUCGUCGCAACCCCGGGUCGUAACCUUUGCGUGGACGACGCCCGACCCCGCCAACAGCUCGCAUCCGUACGACUGCGACGGUGGAUUUAGCACCUUGCCGCCGUCGUUCUACACAAGCCGGUCGUGCGAGUGGCUCGACGCCAACACGGCGCUCUGGUCUCUCUGGCUCACGUCACCGCCGACGUGCGACUUGUCUUUUUACAACUACUCGGUCUCCGAGUGCACGAGCAGCUCGAUCCGAAACGUCGAGUUCUUCUGGCUGCUCCCGAGCGCGACCAACUACCUCGUGAGCGGCGAAUGCAUCAACGGCGUCUCUCUCCCGUCCAACACCACCGUCGCCUGCGAUUACGUCCCGACAUUCUCUGGCGUCUACACGGGGAUUGCCACCAUUACCGUGAUUGUGCUCGUGAUUCUUGUUGUCUUCGUCGCGUUGGUGCUCAAGUUUCGAGAAAAGCCCGUCAUCAAACGAUCGCAGUGGCACCUUUUGUUGCUGCUGCUUCUCGGCGGCAUCCUCAUUUGCGCCUACGUCUUGCUUGGCGGCGGCGCGCCGUCCAGCUUUCUCUGCGGCGCGCGGCCGUUCGUGGGCUCUCUUGGCUACACGCUUUGCUUUGGAUCGCUCCUCGUCAAGUCGCUCCGCGUCUACCUCGUGUUUGAAAACAAAGCGAUGAAGAAGCGCGUCGUCUCGGUGUGGCGCAUGCUACGUAUUCUCAGCGCGAUUGUCGGUGUCGACAUUGGCAUCGUCGUCGUGUGGCUACUGGCCGAGUUUCCCAGUCCGUCGACGUACACGGCGGCCGCGGCCGAGUUCACCGGCACCCUUGUCCACGUCGAGUGCCACUCGUCGAGCUUCAUCUUUCCCGUGCUCUCGAUCUUCUGGAAGGCGGUCGUGACAUUCGUGGGUCUCUACGUGUCCUUUUUGAUCCGGCAUGUGAGCGGGGACUUUCAAGAGUCGAUUUGGAUCUUCGCCGCGUCGUGCGUCGUGCUCGUGGGCUCGCUCCUCAUGCUGACGAUGACGUACCUCGUCGUUUUGCCGGCUGCCGCAGCGUACGGCUUCUUGUCGGCCAUCACGCUCUUUUGCACGGUUGUCACGAUGGCCCUCAUGUUUGGACCAAAAUUUACGCGCCUCAACCGCGACGACGUGACGACCGAUGCGACCCACGCUACCUCCAAGGAGACCAAGACGUCCAUGGUCAACGUGAGCGGUCUCAGCAAGUCUCGUGCCGUGUCGUCCGCAAACGGCCAGUGACUUUAUGCGAUGCAGCACCUACAAACACAUUUCGUGAGAGUUGAAUCAAUGUUACCAAUAUACUUGUAUACGGCACUGUGAAAUGGCCGAA